UCGCGUUGUUCUGCGUUUCUAUUACGUAACGAUAUGCAUCGUUACAAAAUGUCAUGCAAAGAGAAAUCUACUUUGAUAAACAAACAUUACACAUUGAUAGAGAGAAAAAUAUUUUUACAAAUACUUGAAAAAUAUAAACAUGUAGUAGAAAUAAAGAAAAGUGAUGCUAUAACAUUAAAAGACAAAGAUAUCGCACAGAAUGAAAUAUGUGAAACAUAUAACCAAUCAGCAUUGAUCUGUCAAGAAAGAACUGUGCAACAAUUAAAAAAAUUGUGGGCUAAUCUGAAGCAAUCUCAAAGAGAUGCCUUAACCAAAGAAAAGCAAUCAUGUCUAGCAACUGGUGGAGGACCACAGGAAGUAGAAGCAAGUAUUGAUCCUGACAUCCUCAAUAUUGCAUCACAUCUAAUGGAAAUUGAUCCUGACAUCCUCAAUAUUGCACCACAUCUAAUGGAAAAUGCACCAGUGUUAUUCUUAUCAAACAUGACUGAAACAGAACUUGAAGAUAAACAUAAACAUGAGUGCAAUAUAAUAUCUACUAGUAAAAAUGAAAAUGAAGUAAAAACAAGCAUUUGCGAAGAAUAUUUGAUCAGUGAUGAGGACGAUAAAACAAUUGCUCAUUCACAAGAUGUGUUAAAAACUAUGUAAAAAAUAUAAAAAACUAAGGGCAAAAAAGUGUUCAGAAUACAGUACACUAUGCCGGAAAAGGUUAACGGACGCCGCACACGAAUUGAUAUAACAGUAACGUACCGUAAGAAUUGACCAAUCACUUUAAGUAUCGUCGAAUCGUAAGGUCGCCAUUUUUGUGAAUGCUCGAUUGUAAUUGGUCCAUUUUUACGGUACGUUUUACGUUACUGUUAUGUCAAUUUGUGUGCGGCGACUCUUAACCCUUAGUAAUCUGAUCUCAGAUUGUCGAAAUUCAAAAUGGCUCGCAAUCGCAAGAUCGCAAGGAAAUUGACCAAUUAUAAUUGAUUAUUCUUCGAUCGCAAGAAGAAUA